UAUCAUUGAUCCGUCACUCCUGUCUCACGUAUAGGCCCACGCCCUAGGAGGCAUUAGAUAAAAGGCGCGGUGCUACUCACCUCAAUUAGCGUUUUCAAGCUGGUCACAGAAACGACGAAUGACUUUGAGCUGAGAGAAGGGGGCGGGGGGCUGUUAAAGAUAUGAAGUCCAGAAAGCAAGACGAACCCUCUCCCAAUGUAGUUCGGCAGCAGUGAGCAGACCUUCAGUCCGGCCGCUACGCGCAGGACAAACGCACGCAGGCACACUAGCCUACGCACUCACUCGCAUGCACGCACGCACGCACGUGUCCAUGAAUAUAUGGAGGAGGGCGGUUUCGGAGAAUAGGGAACAAAGUUAGAAACGAAGGGAUUGUGUUUUGGAUCUGUGUCGCUUUCUGUUCCAUUUCAUUGUGAUUCAUCCGAGGCAGACAGCAACUUUCAAGAGACUGAACCACCUAUUUUCUAUCCUCAUCCUGAUCCAGCCAUGGCCGUGUCCAUCUCAAGCGACCUGUUCGUCCGCGUGCACGAGGACGUUAACUUCACGAAAAUAACGGAGAGACAACAAGCUCUGCGCGAGAGCCUGCAGAAGGGAGAGCCAAAAGCUCUAGGGGUCACCCAGUUGAUGUUGGGCUUGUUGGUGGUGACCUACUCCUUCCCUCUGUGCCUCACCACCUUCUCUGAGGUCCUCAACACCGGGACCCCCUGGUGGAGCGGCCUGGUCUUCAUUGCAGCCGGAGUGACCGCUAUUAUCACGGAGAAGCGCUGCACCAUCAAGAGUCUGCGCGUGUGUAUGCUGGUCACACUUGGGUCCGUGCUGGUGUCUCUGGUAGCAGCGGUGGUCUACAUCACAGACCUGGUCAAGAACCCAGAUAUCCCCUGUGUAAAGUCACAGGGGAUAUACGGCAACAUGUGUGAAGACCCGUACUACGUCAAUAAGCUGAGUCGAGGGGUGAAGUCAUCUCUCUUCUUAUUCACGUUGACCCAGACCACGAUCUCCUCGACCUUCUGCUUCCUGCUCUACCGCGUCAGAAACAAUUUCUCCCAGUACUCAACUCUCAACGAACAGGCCUUAGACACGCCCACAUCAGUCAUUCCCCCUGACUGAAGCUGACCUGUGAUUGGACGAGGCAGUAUCAUCAUCCUAGACGCUGAUGUGUCACAUGUCUGUCACUCAAACUGCCAUCCUGAGAGGGAGGAGG